GUUAUUUAUUUACGUUUUAAUCCGCGUCGUCGUUUGCAAAAUUACGCGUACGCGAUUCGGGUUUUUUUCCUUCCUCUCGUUUUCCGGCACGGAUACUUCAUAUCAUUCCAAACAAAAACAGGCACCCAACACGAUGGAUCCAGCCGACUAUCGUGCCCUGCACGAAAGCCAGAUGGAAAACAACAACGGGACGACGGCCGUGAACGUGUUCAUGCACAUCGCACCGCCCGUGUUCAGUGUGUUUCACACGGUUCAGCUCAUUGCGGUGGCCAGUAUUACGCACGUUCCGCUCCGAUUUUUGGUGGAAUUUUGUCUCAUCGUGCUGCCGUUCGUGCUGCUAGUAACCGUACUGCACCGGCUUGCACUGAAUAUCGCGCUCACCCUGUUCGUCCUGUCGGCGAUAUCGGCCGUCCAUCAGAUCCGGAACCGGUUGCACCUGAUGCCGUUCGUGCAGGUGCCCGGCAAGUCACCGCAGUUUCUGACGUGUGUGCGAGCGCUCGUAAACCUAACAACGGCCGUCUGCAUACUGGCGGUCGAUUUCCAUUGCUUCCCGCGCGAGCUUGCCAAAACGGAAACCUUCGGCUACGGGCUGAUGGAUAUCGGAGUGGGGCUGUACGUGUUCAGCAAUGGGAUCGUUUACAAGGUGCGACCUGCAGAGGAGCGACGACUAAAUACGGCACGAGUGUGGAAGGUUCUCAUCAGCACGGCUCCCCUACUACUGCUCGGUUUUGGCCGCUUCUUCCUCACCAACGAGCUGGACUAUCAGCUGCACGUGUCCGAGUACGGGGUGCACUGGAACUUCUUCAUCACACUCGCCUGUGUCAAGUUUGCCGGCACGCUCAUCAUGGAUCUGGUGCACGAUCCGGAAGUGAUCAAGUUCGUCGCCAUUACGCUGCUCUGCUGCCACGAAAUGAUGCUCCAUCUGGGCGUGUCCCGGUACGUGCUGAGUGCGGACACCCAGCGAACUACCUUCUUCGCCGCCAAUCGCGAAGGAAUUGUGUCCCUGCCCGGCUAUCUCGCCCUCUUCCUCGCCUCCGUCUACAUCGGCUGGGUUGUGCGGCCGACGGAGGAGAUCACGGUGGCGAAAAAGUUCCUCCGACGGGCGGGCAAGGUGGCCAUCAUGGCAGCGGUCUGCUGGAAGAUGAUCUACGUGUGCGAGGACAUGUUUGGGAUUUCGCGCCGGCUCGCUAACAUGGGCUACUGCUUCUGGAUACUGGCGAUCGGGGCCAGCGUCACCGCGCUGUUCAUGUUUUUCGAGCUGUUCGUGUACUUCGUCCGGUUCGAGGAGCCGAAAUCGCCCGACCAGAUCAUGAAGACGGACGAUUUCUGCAUCCCGUACGUUCCGCUCGUGCUGCAGGCAAUCAACGCGAAUGGGCUGUUCUUCUUUCUGAUCGCCAAUCUGCUUACGGGGCUGGUGAAUUUGGUGUUUCAAACGUUUCUGCUAGGGAAUGGAGCCGCCCUCACGAUCAUCGGGUAUUACAUGUUUAUGCUGUGUGUGGCCGUCUGCUUUCUGUACGUUAACAAUGUAAAGCUUAAGAUAUGGUAAACGCACUAAGGCGUUGAAUUCCAGGUGCAAACAGGCACUCCGAUCCGUUCCCAAAAUCGAUCUCUAGUCAUCGAAAGCCAUCGUUGUAAAUUAAGCAAAAAAGUUGGGUAGUUUACCAAGCUAAAAUUAAAGCAAAAUUACAUUAGGACAUAAUAUUGAACACUAUUCGGGGAGAGGGAUACAGCAAGAAAACAAACUCAUCAUCUCGUCAUCAAAAGCCUUGAAAACAAAUGAGAAAUAAAACAAUCUAGUAUUAAAGUUAA